AAUAUGUCUUUUGCUUUUCUCUUUCAGAUUUCCUUAUGUGGUCAAGUAGAUGUGUUUAUUUCAGCCUUAAAAUUGCUGCUGCCAAUGCUUGCUAUGGCAUCUGUGGCUUCACCAGUUAUAUUUAAGGAGUUUUGUCCCUUAUAUUAUCUUCUCAAUGCCAUUCCUACAAAGAUCCAAAAAGGCUUUCGCUCUAUUGUGGUAUACCUCACAGCGCUUGAUACCAAUGAAGACUACAUUGCUGUGGGGAGCAGCAUUGGAAUGCUUUAUCUCUACUGCAGACAAUUAAACCAGAUGAAAAAAUACAAUUUUGAGGGGAAGUGUGAAUCUAUUACUUUUGUAAAGCUGUUGAGUUGUUUUGAUGAUCUGGUUGCUGUUGGUACAGCCUCAGGUCGGGUUGCAGUUUUUCAGCUUGUGUCUUCAUUACCUGGAAGAAACAAACAGCUUCGGAGAUUUGAUGUUGCUGGUAUUCACAAAAGUAGCAUUACAGCAUUAGCUUGGAGUCCCAAUGGAAUGAAAUUAUUCUCUGGGGAUGACAAAGGGAAGAUUGUCUACUCUGCUCUAGACCUAGACCAGGGUAUUUGCAACUCCAACCUUGUAUUGGAAGAGCCAUCUUCAAUUGUCCAGUUGGAUUACAACCAGAAAGUGCUGCUGGUGUCUACUUUACAACGAGCUCUGCUUUUUUACACAGAAGAGAAAUCUGUCAAGCAAGUUGGAACACAGCCCAGAAAAAACACUGGCAAAUUUGGAGCAUGUUUUAUACCUGGUCUGUGUAAACAGAGUGACCUGACACUAUUUGCUGCCAGACCUGGGCUUCGUCUCUGGAAGUCUGAUGUUCACGGAACUGUUCAGGCCACAUUCUUACUGAAAGAUGUAUUUGCUGGAGGAAUAAAAACUUUUGAACUGUAUCCUCGUUUGGAACCACCUGACAGAGGAAGUUACAGUUCCCCAGAGAAACACCUUGGGCUUGUUUCGUGCUUUUUCCGAGAAGGAUGGGUGCUGACCUGGAAUGAAUACAGCAUCUACUUACUAGACACUGUGAACCAGGCUUUGAUUGGUGGCUUGGAAGGAUAUGGUGAUAUUGUGUCUGUGUCUUGUACCAAGAAUGAGAUUUUUUUCUUAAAGGGAGAUAGAGACAUAAUACGAAUUUCAAGUAGACCUGAAGGAGUAUCAUCAAUAGGUGCAUCUGUAUCAUCUAGCCCUUUAGUGGAAACAGAUAAAAAAUUGGUUACUUCCCCUUCAGUUACUGGUGAUAAAAAUGACUCUGAUUCCUUAGUGAAAGAUGAGCUGGAAACUCCAGCGCUAUUGGAGAAAAGUUUUGAUAGAGUGGGAGAUGUGAGCAAUGAAACAAGAAAAAGGGGCUGCUCUGUAGUAAGUGAAUCAAGAAGCAGGAGCAGUUCAAUCAAUUCCGUGGACAGUGGCUCUAGCUUUAUGGUAUGUGCAGACCAAUUUUCAGAAGCUCAGAGAGAAUGUCAGUUUUCUUCACAACGUUUCAGCACAAUCAGUUCUGAAGAUUUCGAUCAAGAACUCAUUGUAAAGCCAAUUAAAGUGAAAAAGAAGAAAAAGAAGAAACAAGAAAGUGGCACCAGGAAAAACCACAGCUCUCUGGAAGGAACACCAAUUUAUGAGCGUCAGCUAUCUGGUGAUAGUCCGCAUUCUUUGAAUGCAGACUCCUUUUCCAUCACUUCCAGCCUAAUGAGUGGUAGCACUGAUCGUUUGAGUACUGGAUCUCCAGAUCAGGAAAGCAUGUGUAGCGUAGAGUACCAUACCAUCUUGCAAGAAGAUAAUGGUUCGGAAACUUUCAGUGUCCUACAGUCUCCUGAGUCUGCAACUGUACUAAUUAAUGAAGAAAAUGGAGAUAUGGUUGAUGUACAGAAACUUCCAAACAGUGACAGUGGCACGGGUACUUCAACUGUUAUAGAUACUUUGACAUCUGACUCUCCUCUAAUCCUCACAGAAGACUUGACAAGCAGCGUUGGUGGUGAAGGUAACGGUAGCAUAGUUUCUGUAAGCAAUGAAUGCUGUCUUGGAAAGCUGAACCAAGAGGAGGAGCAGGAUUUUUCUACAUUGUGUAAAAUGGAUGAAAAUCUGGAUAAAAUGAAGCUGGAGGAUACCGAAAAAUCUUUUGAAGAGCCAGACCUCACAGACCAAGUGCUUUUGGCAUGUGACAGCGCACUUGGUGUUCAGACAUCACUGACACCAAAGGAAAGUGAUGAAACUGGUAGGGAAGACCAACAACUCUCUCUAAUACACAGUGCUCUGUCAGAUCCUUCUGUGCUCCACUUUGACAUGUGUAACCAUGUUUAUUCCGAUAACACUUCCAUUUCUGGGUGGAAUUUUGAAGGUGCAAUCAAAGCUAAAUCUAGUACUAGCACUGCUGAAUGGGUAAGAGACACUCAUGACAGUAAGACUGAGAAAUCUGCAUCUAGUGAUGAAGAGGAUAUUUAUGGGCAUGGAUUACCGUAUUCAUCCUCAGAGACCAGCAUGCCUGAAGUUGGUGCUGGGCCUGGUUCCCAGGAUGUGGCCAAGAAAAGCCCAGAUGAAAUGACGCUGUUAAAAUCUGACCAGUUUGCAGAGAGCUGGAUGGGGUACUCUGGCCCUGGUUAUGGCAUCCUGAGCUUGGUUGUCUCAGAAAAAUACAUUUGGUGCCUGGACUACAGAGGCAGCCUGUACUGCAGCGCACUGCCUGCCGCAGGGCUGCGGUGGCAGAAAUUCGAGGAGGGGGUACAGCAAGUGGCAGUUUCCCCUUCAGGGGCUCUUCUCUGGAAGAUUGAGCAGAAGACUAACAAAGCAUUUGCUUGUGGAAAAGUAACUAUAAAAGGAAAACGCCAUUGGUAUGAGGCCCUACCCCAAGCUGUGUUUGUAGCUUUAAGUGAUGACACUGCCUGGAUUAUCAGAACAAAUGGAGAUCUGUAUCUGCAAACAGGCCUGAGUGUGGAUCGUCCUUGUGCCCGAGCAGUAAAGGUUGACUGCCCUUGUCCACUGUCGCAGGUUACAUCCAGAAAUAAUGUUGUGUGGGCACUGAGUGAGCAGCGGGCCCUGCUGUACCGGGAGGGAGUACGCAGCUUUUGUCCUGAAGGAGAACAAUGGAAGAGUGAUAUUGUCAGUGAAAUGCAAGCUUUGGAACCAGUGUGCAUAACGCUUGGAGAUCAGCAGACAUUAUGGGCUUUGGAUAUCCAUGGAAAUCUGUGGUUCAGAACUGGUAUAGUUUCAAAGAAACCACAAGGAGAUGAUAACCAUUGGUGGCAAGUAAGCAUCACCGAUUAUGUGGUGUUUGACCAGUACAGCCUGUUCCAGACCAUAAUCCAGGCAACUCAAACAAUGGCAACAGCAGCUCAGGCACCUGUAGAGAAGGUGGCUGAUAAACUUCGAAUGGCAUUUUGGUCACAGCAGCUUCAGUGUCAACCCAGCCUCCUUGGGGUUAAUGGCAGUGGAGUCUGGAUCUCUUCUGGCAAAAAUGAAUUCCAUGUGGCAAAGGGAAACUUAAUAGGCACUUACUGGAAUAAUAUUGUGCCUCGUGGCACUGCUUCUGCCACAAAAUGGAUUUUUGUGUUGGCUUCUACAGCUUCAUCUAAAGAAGGGAGCUUUCUGUGGCUGUGCCAAAGCAACAAGGAUCUGUUUUGUGUCAAUGAUCAGAAUCCUCAGUUUCAUCCUUCUACGGUGCAGCUACCGCCAGAGGCUGAAAUGGUGCACUACUCUGCCUGCCAGGAUGCCAUUUGGGGUUUGGAUAGUCUUGGGCAGGUAUUUAUCAGAACACUUUCAUCCAGCUGUCCAACAGGGAUGCACUGGACAAAACUGGAUCUCUCUCAACUAGGUACUGUAAAGCUGAUCAGCUUGACGUGUGGAAAUCAGCAUGUUUGGGCCUGUGACACCAGUGGUGGUGUUUAUUUCCGUGUAGGAACACAACCUUUUAACCCAAGUUUGAUGCUUCCUGCAUGGAUAAUGAUUGAGCCACCUAUACAGCCAGUAGGGAUCAACCUGAUCAGCAUUCAUUCAAGUCCGAAUGAUCAGAUGUUGUGGGCAAUUGAUAACAAAUGGAAUGUCCAUGUACGAGUUGGAAUUACAGAUGAAAUGCCUGUAGGCACUGACUGGGAACAUGUACCAGGUUUACAGGCUUGUCAGCUGGCCAUAAGUACAAGGACUGUCUGGGCACGCUGUCCUAAUGGAGAUGUAGCUCGUCGAUACGGCAUUACUGACAAGAAUCCAGCAGGAGAUUACUGGAAGAAGAUUCCUGGAAAUGUCUCACGUUUAACAGGCAAGUUGGUUCUGUCUGACAGUCCAAAACAUUGUGUUGUCUGCUUUGACUUCUGCCUGCUGGUGCUCUGAGAGAUGUGCUCAGAUGUGCAGGGAGAGCUGCAUACUCUAAAUGCUUUGUUGACCAUGAGUUUCACCAAGGGUUCUUUAUCACAUUAGGAAAAAUCUUCUCUGGGUAUUAUUAGAAAAACAGAUUCAAAUAUUAUUUAUUUAAUGUUUAUAAUUGGAACCUGCUACCUUAAUUAAAAGAUGGGUAAUUUAUGCUUUGCAGUGACAUCUCUGGAUGAACUGUGGGCAAUCAGUACUUCAGGAUCCCUUCUCCAGCGCCUCACUAAGACCUUUAGCCAUUCCCAUAGUUUGCAGAAAAAUAAUGACACUUCUGUUCUGCUUCACCCUGAUGAUUUUGAAGAUGAAUGGGAAGUGAUAUGAAGUCUCUCAAGCUUAUGAAGCAGUGAAGAAAAAACAAACCAGGAGGACAAUUUCUAUAACGUAUGUACAGAAUGUUGGAUCUAAAAGCCACUCAUAUUGGACCCUGUGAUAUUAGCACUUUUGUAUUAAAAAAACUUAUCGGUUAAUAGCCCCAGGCUGUGAGUUCUCUUGGUUGUUCCCUUAUCUCUUGAGAGACUCUUUAGGUGUGGCAUACCACAAUUGUUGUACCAUACUACUGUAGAACAUCCUUUGGAAAUAUAACUCUUAAGUUAAUCCUACUAGCAAUGAAAGUGACUACUUCACAACAGCAUGCACACUAAUACAUGUGUACGUCUUUUGAGAAGAAAUUCUGUUUCAUUAAAUAUUUCUCUACAGCAGAAACAUUAAGCAUUUCUCAAUUUCUUCUUGUACUUGGAACUCCAAACUGAUUGGAAUGCUACCUGACUGUUGUACAUAUAUUUAGAAUUAUUUUCCCUUGCAGCAUGGAAGAAAAUGUGGCAAAGUAUUUCGUAGCAGGAUCUCAGAACAUCAUGAUUACAUAGCAUUGGUGUUGAAAUGAACUCGGUUUGAUCCAUUUCCAUAUAAAUAUAUGCAAGGGUAUACUAACCUUCCAUUUGUAGAAAUUUGGUUCAUAAUUUGACGUCAUUCAUAAGGGAGAAGUUUGGAUUACACCUAUUAUCAGGGGGACUUUUGCCCAUUUCUCAUAGCCAUCAGGAAGCUGACAGAUUGUGGGGGGUAAGUCCCACUUUGGAAUAGGAAGAAGUUGCGUGUUGGGUUGUAGUACAAAGCAGGAACGUAUAAGGCAGCUUUCACAAUUCCUGUUGUGCUGUAUUUGUGCCUCCAGCCAGUGCUUUAACAUUUGGACUCAAAUUGUUUUGAGUACUGUACUUAGAUGUAUUAAAAGGCAAAAUGGUAAUUGAUAGAAUUACUUAUAUAUCCCGUUAAAAAUUGUGAUAUUGUGAGAAAAUACUUAACAAUAUUCUGAUUUUUAGCUAUGUUAGCUAAAUUUUGAAGUGUCUUAUAUUUGACAGAUGUUGCAACAGAGGUAUGUGAUGAACUGGGAAAUAACCUAAGUUAAUCAUUGUAGUUUAUUUUUCUUUAAACUAAAUCUUCUUUGAAAGAUACCUCAUCUUUUUUAAGCAAUAGAAAUAUAGAUGAGAGAACCUGAGUUCAGUAUGUAGGUGGAGGAGUUAUUUUGUGUUUGUUCUAAGCUUGUAAAUCAUCAGAAUGUUUUAAGCAGCUGCUAACCGAUACUGUAAAAGAGCCGGUUUCAGAAAAGGCUGAGUGUUGAAAAGUGGGGACAUUUCUGUUUUGAGAACUUAAUACAUAUAGAAAACGAUGCGUUUUCUUUUUAACCUUUUUCUCUUUCAGAAUAGUUCAUGCAUGUACUGCACUAAACUUGGAACAAACAUGGUGCAAGGUGAGAAUGUGAAUCCGUGGAGAGAACCAAGUUAUGUCAGUUUGGCUUUAGUAGUACUUGUGAUACUGGCUGUCAGUUCUCAGUCUUACCUUUCAGUCUAACAGGGAGUACAGAUUUGUUUCCCUUUUGCAAAUUAUGUUUUCUUCAUUGCUAUCUCAUCUGUAUAUGGAGAUUACCCCAUAGGAAUUUUUUAGCCUGUCCAGCAGUGGAUUGUAAUGGAAUCAGCUUGUGAAGUAACCGAGUCUGUUUUAUGCAAGCAUAGCUUGAUAUCUUGGAACUCCAAGAAGCUGGAAUUCAACUUAAAAGUAUCUUUUGGCAGAUGUGAGUCAAUCACUUUGGAGAAGGGACAUGAGUAUUUCUCUGUGCCCUGCCAAGCACCAGAUGCUCAAGUACAAUGAUGGUAUUUAAUAGUGACACUUUUGUAUUACAUUUUUCAAAGUCAUCUUAGUAAUGGCUUGAGCUUGCUAGUUGUUUGUUUACUGUAUUAUAAUACUGUACCUUGCUAUGGUGAUUAAUACUAAAUUGGUGUCAAGAGCUCUUAUCAGACUACUUUUUAGGGUAGUUUUAAUGAAAUUAGGAUUUUUUUUUUUACUUUUAUUUCUGUAUUUAGGUUUUUUGUUUUGUUUGUGCUUUGAGACAAGUGCAAUAAACUAGAUUUUUAAGAAAUAAA